AUGUUGGGGGUAAUAGAUUCAAAAUCAACUGAUACAAAAGUCUCAUGGAAAUACAACAAUUCAGCUCCAAUCAAUUCUUAAUCUAAGAUCUAAGGCUUUUUGCCUUACAAGGAGUACAUCAGAUACAGAUCACCUCAUUUAACUGGUUCUAAAACCAAAGGAAGCAUGCAACAGACACUUGAUAUAGACUGGAGCAUAAUAUAUCCAAAUAGAAAGACCCCUACUAGAAACUAGUCUGAUGAAAAUUCCUAGCAAUUGGCAAAUCUGAAGCCUAGUGAAAAUUUGCAAAUUUGUGAAACUAAAUCCCCAGCUAACAGUCCUAUCCAAUAGGAGUAGACAUCUAAAUCAUAAGUAAAGCCAAGACGUGCUGUAAGUCGCAGCUAUUUGAAAUAGCUUGGUGGUGCACUGUGUGGUAAUACAAGAACAGUAGAUGAUAAGAAUUCCUAGCAAAAAGAAGAAGAAAAGGAAAAGAAGAGUAUAAUCGAAGAUUAACAAGUUCCAGAUUAGACUAUGCUAGAGAUAUUCUAGGACAACUAAUUCAACCCCUAGUAUGUCAAACAUAAAGUAGCAAAGCAUCCGAUAAGGGGACCUUGGAGCACCAGUAUGUUUAGAGAACCGUUAAAGUGUAAUACCAAAAAGAGAAAGCUAAGAUAAAUAUCAACGGUUGAUUUAACUUAGAAUGAAAAAAGUGCAACUGAAGAUCCAGAGAAUAUCUCACUUCUGCAAACAGCUAGACAAAGUGAUUUUAGUUUUCAUAUAACCUAGAAUAGUAAUUCAAUAAAUCAGAGUAGAACAGUAGACUAAGAAAUUAGUAAUUCUGAUAACUAUCCAAAGAAAAUUAAAUUCAAUGAUGAAGUUAAUAUCAUGAUGUUUGAAAAGCAGCCUUUAGGUGUGCCUGAGUGGACUUCUUGGGAUGUUGAAAUACAUGACCAUAUUGACUAACUUCUCUAAGGCAACGACCAUAAACUCUAUAAUCCUUACAGAGAUCCAGAGAAUCCUAAUUAUAACCAGAAGCCAAACCCAUCUAAGUAUGGAACUAUUUAUCCAUCUCUGGAUGGGCACUCUCUCUUCCUGGACAAUUAGGCUAUUUAUGAUAAGUAUCAACAAAUGGUAACUUAAUUCUAGAGAGCAGAGAUUGGAGGUAUCUGUGAUCCUGAAAAGAACAUUGUUAUUGGAGGUCCCAACUCUGCCUUUAGAUAGUAUGAAAGCAAGUGUGCAGCUAAUCUUUAUGCAGCUUGUAAUAGUGGCCAGAGUACAGCAGAUACAAGCAAAUAGUAUGAAAUGAAUAACGCCAAUACCACUAAUGCCAAUCCCACUGGUCAAUAGAAUGACAAUGUAAAAAUUUACUAUAAAAACUAGCUGAUUUCAGUUUUGGAAUUUAAUAGGAUAAGGGAAUCUAUUGACUUAAAUGAUGUGCAUUUUGUUCUUUGA